AUGCCUGACCCCGACCCAGUGGCUGACCCAACUGGUUUCGGCAGGUUUCACGGCGGAGGUGGUCAUGACUUCCACAGGGGUCACGGCCAUGGAUUAUCGAUGAUUUUGGCCUUGUUUGUGGCCCUAGCAGGCUUGGUGACCCUGACCAGUGCCAUGCCUGAGCCUGACCCUUUGGCUAACCCUAACCCCGUGGCUGACCCCGAUCCCUUCAAAUUCAAAGGCGGGGGAUUCCGAAGGGGACAUGGAGGUUUCAGGCGGGGCUACGGAGGCCACGGAGGUUUCAGGCGGGGCUACGGAGGCUACGGAGGUUUCGGAGGUUUCGGCAAGAAGAAGUUCGGCUAA